AAACUUUGGACUUCCACACUUCAUAUUUCAAUGAGCUAAUACUCCAAUUUUACUGUCCGAACCGGCAGCCACUUUAAACGUUCGCACCAAACUAUAUUUCACCACUGUUUGCCUUUCAUUUUAACUAGUUACAAUGAGUAUGAUUGACAUCAAUGUUAUGGAACAGAAUCAUGCAGCAAGGCAUGUUGUUGUUAUGUUAUUCUUUGUAUAAAUUCUAAAAUGCAUUGUAAAUCGAUAAUAUUUGCUGUCGGAAAAUGUCGGUUACCAUGUUUAGCAGUGCAUUUGUGCAUUUAAUGGCCUGAUAAAUGUAUGAUAAUGUAAAUGUCCAUGUGAAAACAUGAUGAAAAAAUUAACGUUCUAGAUGAAUGAAAUGAUAUGUUCACCCACCGAUAGACAACAAAAACGCACGAAAAUCGAAACAUCUAUUUCGCCAAUGGAAUCGCCAAUGUGUUUCAACUAUUUCAACAGCUUGGAUCGAGAAAAAAAAGGAGCAAACAAACGUUUUGACACAAGCCACAAUUGAUCACACAACAAAUACACCGUACAUGCUCCGUGUCUAUACAUAGAUAUGAUAAAAACGUAAAUAUUAAUACAUUAUUAAAACAAAAUUGACCAUCAGCCAACUACAAGAUACAAGAGCCGAUAGGAUAUAUGAAUAUACUAUGAAACGUUUCGCUCUACUCUCUCCGCCGAGCCAUUCGAAUUGAAUCAUAGCCGAAAGAAAACGAUGGAUAAAAUUGAAGAGAAAAGACAUAAUGUCAAGUCCAUAUGAAACUGGAAUAGAUUUGUGACCAUAUCUGAAAAAAAGAGACGGUUUUCGAGCACUUGUACUCUUCAUACCAACGAUUUUCUUUUGUACAGUGACUAGUUUGUUUAUUCGUGUGAAAUUACUUGAAUUGAUGCACUGAUGAUUUGCUUCCUUCGAAAAGUUGUCUGAAAUUCGUUACUGACUUUGUUUGUCACAUGUUUUGAUUUAAAAUUAUCUACCAUGCCCAAUGCUUACCACAGUUUGGUUGCGUUGGCGUUUAGCUUGAAUAUCAAAAUUGACGCCGUCGACCACCAACAGUAAUAGAUUUUCCGCUUUUCGUCAAUGAGAGACAAAAACACCAACAUUUUACGAGCUUACUAAAUUAUGCAUAAACAAUUACGUUAUGAAUUUAUUCGUUGUUUUGUUCCUGGCUUUGUUUUAGUCAUUUGCAAUUGAAACUCGUUAGCCGUUUUGAAUGGAAAAUUAAACUGUCUCCAUCGAAAACUAAGAGAAGUCCCAUUGAAAAUGGCAUAGAUAAUUUUAUUGUUAUCGUGGUGUUUUUAAGACAAAAAGCCAUAUAUAAGUCAGAUACUAUGAUAGAUUCAAUUUAAUUCCAUAAAUGCCAUUUUUAUUACAUUCAAUCCGUGCAUGACCCAAACGAAAUUGGCGGAAAAUUCGAUUAUAAAGUGAAACUAGGACAAAUCAUCUUUUGAUUGCUUCAAUUGAUCGAAAAAUGUUUCAAAUGCUCAUUUAUUUUUUGUCCCUGUUAUUGUUGUUGUUGUUGUUGUUCAAAUGAAUUGCGUGUUGUUGUGGACUAUGCGUUGAUGGUUGUGUAUAGACAAUUUGGAGAAUGUUGAUGUAAGAGGAUGGAUGAUAUAUGAUGUUGACUGGUUUGGGGUUGUUUUUUUUUCUCACUGUAAACAACAUCAGUACGCAUGACCAUUUUAAAACUGUACGUCGUUGUAAGAGAGCGAAAAUGAGACAGAAGCACGAAUCCAUUUAAACACACACAGUAAUAUUGCGAGAGAGCGAGUUUUUCACUGGACAAACAAGAAAAAGAAAGAAAGACAAGAAAAAUUACAUUUGCUAAAGUGAUGACAGUAAAAUUAUAUGCAAAACUAUUUAUGAUCUGAGCUGAAAAAACUUAAAAUCGAGAAGAAUUUAAAUACGCAUAAAGGAUGACUUGCCCAUUUGCACGAGGUUCAAUUUCGAAUCCGCUUCGAAGACAAUCAUCGGUGGUCGUUGAACAGAAUUCCAACUGGGGUAUCGAAGAUGAUUUUGCUGAAAUUCCCGAUGCACUAACUCUAACUCAUUUGCAAGCAGCCAUACAAUUGUUGACCUCUCCAAUGAAUGAAGAUGUCAAUACAGCUGUAACAUCAUUGAUAUCAAAGUACCAAGGAAAAUGGCCAGGCCUAAGCCAAUUGAAAAUCGACGGUGUGAAUCAACCCAAUUACGACUAUUUAGCAGAUAUCCAGGAUAUUCUACUGAAAAUGGAUGAAUCAUCUGCAAGUGAAAUACUUGUGCUGCUUGGCGAAGAAUUGAUUGCCACCUGCUGUUCUGGUAUUGUGGAACGUGCAUUCCGCAGUCUUGGUGCUGAUUUGCAAGAGUUUUUGGGUGCAUUAGAGGGAGUGCACGAUGUUUUGAAAUUACAGGAAGAUGGUCAAACUGACACCGAUUUCAUUUGUGCCGAUGAGGGUGAAUUGAUUUUCACGUCAGAGCGUCCAGUCAUUGCAUGGUUGUUAUUGGGCUCAUUGAAAGCUCUGACUCGCAUUCUGUACGACAUCGAUGCGAGCAUUGUUAUCGAACCGAUUGAAGGUGAUACCAAGUGCUAUCGCUACUUGUUCACUUUGCCAGAGCAAGAUAAAGAUAAGCAAACCAUCACAAAAGUGGAAGAAGAUGUCAGCGUUCCGAUUUCUGGUCUAACGGCAACUGAUUUAAAAAUGAGCCCGGCAACAUUUUGCAAAGCCUUUCCCUGGCAUUUCAUCAUGAACGAAGACUUGGAAAUCGUUCAAAUGGGAAAAGGAUUUAGCAAAUUGUUCAAAAGUUCAUUGCCAACGCAUGGCAGACUCAUCACGACCUAUGUCAUAUUUAAACGGCCAACUAAUUUAACCAUCAAAUUCCGUGACAUCAUUCGUCGAUCCAAUACACCAUUUGUUCUUUCGCUUAAACCACUUCCAGGCGUUAAAUACGCAGCCGAGGGACUUGAAGUCAAAGGUCGAAUGGUAUUUUGCCCAGAAUCAAAUUCCAUACUUUUCAUUGGAUCGCCAUUCAUUGACGGACUCGAUGGAUUGACAUGCAACAAUCUUUUCAUCUCUGACAUUCCAUUGCACGACGCUACCAGAGAGGUGAUUUUAGUCGGUGAACAAACAAAAGCACAAGAUGGUCUUCGGCGUCGAAUGGAUAAGCUUAAGAAUUCCAUUGAAGAGGGUAACGCCGCCGUUGCCAAGGAAAGAAAGAAGAAUGUCAGCCUAUUAUAUCUCAUAUUCCCAGCGGAAAUUGCAGAGAGUUUGUGGCUUGGCUCGACCAUUGAUGCCAAAACCUAUCCAGAUGUAACGAUGCUAUUCAGCGACAUCGUUGGAUUUACGAGCAUUUGCUCGCGAGCCACUCCAUUUAUGGUUAUCAGCAUGUUGGAAGAGUUAUACAAAGAUUUUGACGAGGCCUGUGGCUACUUUGAUGUAUACAAAGUGGAAACAAUCGGCGAUGCAUAUUGUGUUGCGAGCGGUCUACAUCGUCCUGGCUCAUUUGAUGCACAUAAAGUCGCCUGGAUGGCUCUUCGUAUGAUGGAAGCAUGCGCCAAGCACAUCACUCACGAUGGCCAGCCAAUUCGGAUGCGUAUUGGAAUACACACUGGCACCGUUUUGGCUGGAGUUGUCGGCCGUAAGAUGCCGCGUUAUUGUUUGUUUGGACAUAAUGUGACCAUUGCAAACAAAUUUGAAUCGAACAGCAUUGAGCGUAAAAUCAACAUCAGCAACACAACAAAAGAAUGGCUCAUUAAACAUCCCGGCUAUGAAUUUGAGUUGACACCACGCGAUCCAAGUUGCUUACCAAAAGAAUAUACAAAUGCCGAGGGAACGUGUUACUUUUUGGACGGCUUCAAACAUUCAACAGUCACGGAUAACAAUGCUUCGCAAGGUGAUCACAUCGAAGCGGCCAUGCGACAAAUUAAUAUGGAGUAAAAUGUGAAGGAUUUCUUUUGAUUGUCUUUGAUGUUCUCUGUUACACUGUCUUCGUAUGAGAGUUCAGUGCAUGUAAGGAAAAAAAAAACUGAAACAAAAAAGUUAGCACUAGAUGUUUAAUACUUACUUGUGUGUCCCACACAAAAAACUAUCCAGAAUAAAGGAGAAAAAAAAACUUUAAAGUGAAAAAA